CGUCCUUGUGUCGACAAACAGUCUGGGCGUUAACUUGGCAAAGCCAAACAGUCAAAGUGAGCUAAACUCGUAAAUGUCAGGCUGACAGCACUUCGGACAUUAUACUUUCCAAGAGUAUUGUAUUCCGAUCCACAGAGCUGCUCUUAAAUAGUCAGAAAUGUAUCAGGAGCCCCGCAGUGGUCCUUAUGCUCAGGGUGCAGAAAAGCCAGAAAAGUGUGAAUCCUCCCCAGAUGAUGGUGAAGAGAAUCAGCAGGAAAGGGAGACCUUAAGUACUCCGAGUACAUUACCUCGGUCUCGUGAGCCACAGUAUGGGGGCCCAUAUGUUGUUUUGCCACCUGAUGAAACCAAGAGAAAGAAACUGCAACAAAUGGCGGCUAAGGAAUUGGAAGACCUUGAGCAGUGGAAGGCGGAACACAGAUUAGGCCCAAUAAAUAUGAAUCCUGUUCAGCUUGGAGGAAGCAUGUCCGAGGCAGAAGCAAGACAAAAUCAACUAAUUCAACACCAACAAGCUAAAUAUAAACAAAAGCUAAGAAGAGAAGAAAGCCAGAGAAAAAAGAGAGACGAAGAAGAAGCCAAAAUUCAGAAGCAAAAAUCAAUUCAAAGAGAAAAGAACCACAUCACCUGCUCCAAGUCAGAAACUUUAAUGCUGCCCACCUACCUCAAUGACUGGACAGAUGAAGCCACAGGCGGGGGCUUGGAGGGCUGUUUAUCACAGUAUGACCCCAUCUGUUGGAUCCAAGCCAUGAAGGCUCAGAACCAGAGUGGGAAAAGAGAAGAGUCUGUAGACAGCUCUAGUGGGGUAGAAGGAGAGAAUGGGGAAGCUGUCCUGCAUGAAGGAGCCCCUUUAAGUGGAAAGGGACUAGGAAUACUCAGAGAUGGAGACACAGCCUUGCUGGUAGUCAACACUGAUGGAGAUGGGCUUCGAGGAGUCGGAGCUGAUGCUAACAAAUUAGAAGAAAAGAAAAAACAAGAGCAACUUCAAAGGCAAGAACAGUUUAAGAAUGAACACAGCAGACAAAAUGAAACAUUUUUUACAAGGCUGAUGCAUGAAAUGCCAGCAAGUUCCAGUUAUGAGGAGUCACCAUAUUACUCUAAGCCUAACACCUGGGAUAAAAUUCACAGUUACAAAGAACUUCAGAAGGAAGAAGAAAAUAAGAAACUUCAAAAAAUGAAAGAGGAGCAAAGAUUAAAGAGUGAAUUAUUAGAAGAAAAGCAAAAAGUAAAAGAAGAACAGAGACUACAGGAAAUACAAAAUGCACACAGAAGGGUAAACAGUACUUUUCUGGACGAGCUUGAAAGAAAAACUGGUUCAGCUAUGAGCAGACAUCAAGUUUCCUGUGAAAGCAGCUCAGAGGGAAUAGACUCCAAUAGCACUUUAAUUUGUGGAAACACAUUGCCUUGGGCCACUGAAGCAACUGAUACUUCAUGUGAGGACGAUUGUGAUCAGGAGUGGAUAAUUAUGAAACUUCACAGUGUCUUUCCAUACUAUGAGAUAUCUGCUCUUGGAGAGGUACUACAACAGUGUAACUGGGACUAUAAUCAAGCCUGUGAACUUCUCUCAUAAGAUUUGUGGGUCAUAAGCAUCUUUUAAGACUGAAAAGAUGACCAGUAUCAAUUUAUAUCACUUCUGCACCAUGUCUGCAUUAGAUAUGCACUAUUACAGUGACUAUUCAAUUAUAUCUCUUUUGGGAGUGGAUGACUUAAGGAUAUUUUUUACUUUAACAAACAUUCUGAGAACUUGUUGCAAGUGCAGAAUAACUCCACCCAAGGAUGUAAACGAGGAGCACCAGAUAAAUCAUAACAUCAUGUGUGUGUACUGGGCAGUUAGACAAUUACAGUUACAUCAGUUGGUCAAGAAAUAUCAACAGGGAAAUCUGUGACCAGUCCUUGUGCAUCUUGUAAUGUUCUGUCCAUAGUAUGGUCUGGUACUGAAGGAAUAAGAUAGACCUCUGUUUGCUGUAGGUAAUACACAUUACUUUUGGCUUGAACACCACUCAAAGAAAAAGGAAGCUCUAAGGGAAUUCAUUUUGAUUACUGUAAUGCUCUUUGAGAAUAUAUAUAUAUAUAUAUAUAUAUAUAUAUAUAUAUAUAUAUAUAUAUAUAUAUAUAUAUUGGUUUAUUUUAUUAGAUAUCUGAGGAGAAAUGAAACAAAAGUUUGAGAGAAUGCAGCUGAGUUAUUGAAUGUUUGUCUGAAGCAAUUGAAGAUGUUUGUAAAAUAAAUGCAUGUCAUUUGUUUAGCCACUUUCUGUUUACAGGCUGCUCCUGAGAGUUUCUGGAGCUCUAGUAAGCUUGAAGCCUCUGUUAUUUUUCUUGGUCCUGUUGUUGUAUCAGCUGAUCUGUUUCCUUCUUUCAUCCCUGCUUCAAAAGAGAAAUUGUCUGUCUUCACGUAGUUUCAUGUACAGUAGUCUUUUUUGCACAAAUUGGUAAACAGAUGUGAACUGUCCUGUUCCUAUUAACACUAGUAGUGCCACCUUUUCAGAUGGCCAGUGUGGGAUAUUUUUAUGAACAUUUGUAAUUUUGCAGGAUAAACCAUAUCCAUAAGCAGUCCAAGUGACUGGAGUUCACUUUGUUGUCAAAGUAACAAACUCACUUUUGUAUAACCUGAAUUGAUUCUGUUACUUUAUAUCAUAUUAAGGUAUUUCAGAUAUAAAUAAUUGUAUGAUGCAUUUUAUGCAACCAUUAGAGGAAAUAAAAAUCCCAGGACAUUUAUGAGGAAUAGAUCUUCUCGCAAUGACAUGGCAAAAUGUGAGUUGGUUAUGUUACAGAGACUGUGUAGGGGUUUCCUGGAUGGGGUUCUAGUUGAAGUUUUUAGUUUGUCAGCCUAGUACUCUUUUAAAUUCUGUGUUGCAUAAAAUUGUACUAGAUAUUGCCUGUUGUGAUCUCUUGACCAUUAUUCAUGUAGCAAUAUAACAUAUUCAGAAUAAUCAGCAUUUUUAUUUCUGGUAUACUGGACUAGUUUAAAGAGUUUUACUUCUGCAAAUAGGUACUUAAAAAUGUGUUUAUUUUAAUUUAAUGGUAUACAUAUGUUGCGAAGAAAAAUAAAUAAUAUAAUGAAUUUUGCUGCCGUAUAUGAACUUUUACACUAUAGAUAAAUUGUAUAUUUGUGUAUUACAUACGAUUGUGUUUUAUUACAAAAAAGUGUUCAUUUUUUGCACCACAUUUGAUCACUUGCUCCUUUAUGACCAUCUAACCUAGUUCUCUUGGGUUAUUUUAGCCCAUUCUUUUUCCACUGGCAAGAACCCUGCAGCUAAGACUCUCCUCUAGGUAUGAAAGUUGAGAAAAGUGAGUGGUGGUUCAGAGGAUUUAGAAUUUAAGGCCUUAAUACUUCUAAGUUCAUGUUCCGUAGACACUAAAGGGGAGCACGUAGGAUACAUCUUUGUGGGGAAUGUCAUCUGCUUCCAUGAAUGAAGUAGCAGUCAAAGGUCCUUCCCACCUCCUUCUUGCAGGUAGUGUUUCUUUGGAUGCUCCUUUAUCCACUGCAUGUUCUAAUAUGGAGUGUAAACCAUGGAUGCAUGCCUAACUCUCCCACCGAGACAGAGAUAGAUAUGCAAAGUCUUUUAUUCCUCUAACUUCUUGUGUCAGCUCCUCCAGUGCUCCAUACACUACUUAAACCCAUGUCAUCUUGGUUAUAGUCUGAGCUUUAUCCUUCUAGUCCAUAAAUUUGGCCAAAGUAUGUUGUGUAUCUAUAUUAAAUGGUUCAUUCUUAAAUUAUUGGGUGAAUAAAAGUUUAAUAGUUUUGUUCAAGGAAGGGAGAUAAUUUACUACAGCAAAUGACAUCAAAUACUGCUUGCUCUGUGCUUGCUUUUGCUGCCUCCUCAUCAUCUUUCUGUUUUUUUUCUUGUUUAUACAUGAUUGCCUAUUUACAUUUAACUUCAAACAGUUGUACACUUGCUGAAUGCAUACAUAGUGCAACCUACUUUAAAAACCAUUUGUAUCAACAGGGAUGGUUCUUGUUGUCCUUUGCCUUGCCACUGUCACAGCCACUACCUCUUUUCACUCUAUUUUUCUCAUUGUAUCUUUUCAACCUACACUUCCCUGAUACACACAUACAAGUAAGUGACCUCUUCAGUCCACUUUCCCUCUUGUCUUUGUACCUUCUGUAGUUUCAGGCACCUCAGAUCAGCUUCUUAUUUGUUUGAUCCACUUAUCUGUGUGUAGUUAUUAUGAAUAACUGUGUAGAACGUGAUGUUUUACCCAUGUCAUAAAAUUAUAAAAAACUGCUCCCCAGUGCUCAUCUCUGCAGUGCAUAUACUGCAAAAUGUCACGUGUCUCACAAAAAUAUAGCACAGGCAUGAAGAUUUUCACAUCAUGAAACUGGAAAUAAUGGCUCUUGUUUUCUCAUGGGAAAAACUGGCUCCUCUUUUCUUAUGAAAACAUAAUGCCAAAAUGUAAUCCUCCAUUUGAUAUGUAAUUCAUAAAUAAUCGUGACUACAUGUUUUACAUUAUGUCUUACUAUAUUUAGUAAUUUUGAUGUUAGGCAGUACCUGUGCCUAGACAGUACCUUUAAAUUUGUGUAGAACACUGUGCUUGCCUCUCCUAAAGCUCUGCUUUGUUAGUUAUCCCAGGUUACCCUUGCUGAAGGACCUAAAGACUGGUUGGGAUUAUUCAGUGAGCAAAUGGUGUGAAAAAAUAAAUAAAUAAUUCCAUUGGUGACAUAAAACUGUUCAUACAUUAGUAACAUAGCCAAAGAUAGCCUCACAUAUUUUAAAUACUUUUUAAAUCUAGGAUAUUCCAGAACGAUAUAAUAAUAUCAUCAUCCCCAUUUACGCCUCUGAUUUCAGUGCAGACGGGUACAUAUACAUUGAUGUCUAGCAACAAUAACAGUAACAAUCAAGCCUAUUGGCCUCUGGGCUAAUUUAUGCUAAAUGCUGUAAGAGCAAUUUUGUUAUGAUUUUUAACAGCUUUAAAUUAUACUAACCUUUUUGAAAAGAUGUGUGAAUAUUAUUUUCUUUACUGACGUUAUGAUGAGAAUGUCAGUAUAUUUUUUUAAUAGAAGUGAAUAUCUGCUAGACUAACCAUGUACAGCAGGCUAAAGAAAAAUAUACGUGUAGGGAUUUAGUAUUUUUAUCAAUCAAAAUGCAAUGUAAAGCAGUCUAUUAUGUAUAAUUGGCACUGCUUAUGUAGUGCUUGGUUUAUAUAGGCCAUCAACAGGUAAACCUCACUAGUAAACUUUCUACACCA